CUUAUAAUGAAUUUAAACGAAAAAAAAAACUGCUCUUAAUAGCUCACUCAAGCGUUGCUACUUUAUCAUCACUUCUUUGGAACAAUGGUCGCUCUUUAUCUGCUAGUGGUCAAUGAUUGCUUCAAGUAAGAAAAGGAAAAUAUCCCAAAGUCAAUGGUGUUUUGCUAUGGCAAAGGUUACAUUCAGAACGACCAAUGUUGCUGCUCCUCUUGGCCGUCUUUACAAUAAAAAGCUCAAUCUUGUAAUGUCCUUAGUAUACUGUAUUCUGCUUAACCUAAUAAAUAUCCCAAAGCACUGUAGUUUCUUCAACCUUUUAUAAGUGAUAUUAAGCGCGGAAGAGAUAUGUGGUAUUUUUCGAAUUUUUUGCUUCACUACG